AUGUUAAGACACGUCCAACAAUUCACACCUAAAUACGUCCCAUUUAGAAGAACCUUAGUUCAAAACGUGAAAGUUAAUGGCAUUGAAGAUUUACCAUUCAUUAAGGAAACAGAAAAUUCUCAACUUCUCAAACUUGGUGGAUUAUUUUUACUAAGCGGAGGAGGCGCGUUUAGUGUUUUUAAGAUGAUUGAAAAAAAAUUCGACAAACUUGAUAAUAGAAUGGACAAGCUAGAAGAUCGAAUCCAAAAUAAAUUGGACAAGUUAGAUGUUCGAAUGGACAAGCUUGAUGCUCGAAUGGACAAGCUAGAUGAUCGGAUCCAUAAACUUGCUGUAGACAUGAUUCAAGUGCAAACGCAUCUUGGAUUAACCGAACUGAAACAGGAUUCUCCCGUUUCUCCCGGUUCUUCUCCCAAACCAAAGACCAAGUAA